AACCACCACUUACGCGAGCCCUAAUCAGCGGCGCUCUAUUGGUGCGCCAUGUCGGAAUCCAGAGCUCCGCCGCCGCUGCUCAAGCACAAAUCGUGGUCCCCCGACUCGCACCGGGAGGAGGCUUGGCUCAGGCGGAAGGGGAAUAGCGGUGAUCGACGGGAGCGGAGCAAGAGCGUGACCGACGACGACUUGGAUGAGCUCCGCGCCUGCAUCGAAUUAGGGUUCGGCUUCGACCCCGAUUCGCCCCGUUUGGAUCCGAAACUCGCUCGGACUUUUCCGGCUCUGGAGCUCUAUUGCGCUGUUCAUAGGCACUACGGCGGCGGCAGCUUGUCGCGGUCUUCGUCGUCGACGACUUUGGCAUCAACGGAUUCCGAUACUACGUCGUUGGCAGGAAAUACCCUGCCCGGUCCGAUUUCCGAUCUAGAUAUAAGUGAUGAGCCGGAGAUGAUGAAGACGAGAUUGAGAUACUGGGCGCGGAUGGUGGCCUGUUCGGUGCGACAAAAUUCACCAAUUUUGUGAUCACAACCAAUUUUGGACGGAGUAAAAUAUUUUGUUUUUGGAAACAAAAAUUGUAAAUUUUCAUAUAAUAGUAAUUCCCAUUAUUUUGACUUGGAUUCAAUUGAAAAAGAGUAGCAUUACUUUUUUCCCCA